AUGGGUCUGAUGCAAUCUUGGGAUGUGUGUAGAGAAGUACCAAUCAUUCAAGAUGAGCUGAGGCCAAAGAAACGAGUGCAGUGUUUGAAAUUGUUCUUGUGUGCCAUUGUUGGCGUACUUGUCUUCACACUUGUGCUGCUCAGUAAAACAUCAUUUCUGCUUUUGAUAACAUUUGGGAACAAUCAAACUGAGAUAAUAUGUUCAGAACAAAAACCGACCGCCCUGCUUGGCAUUGGCUUUGUUCUGGUUGGACCAAGUGUUCUCCUUCUGCUAAAGAGCACAUGGAAGUUCUUUUUCAAAAGUGCAACCAGGCCCUCUAAAAAAACUAUUUUUUGGGUUCUGUGUGUUGAGUUCCUGGUAGCACUGGGAGCAGCAGUUCUAACAAUAGUAGCCAUGCCACAUUUUGACAUUGUCACCAAUGUGAUGAUACUAAACAGCGUGAGCAUCCUGUCCGCAGUGUUCCAGGUGGUCGCUGAGUGCCUUGCCAAAGAGAGAAAGCGGCUUAUAAUGCUCCCCGUAUGCUCCAUUUUCUUAACCGUCACAGGUUAUAUGUUCUUUGCGAUCAGUUAUUUGGUAUUCGAAAGUUCCUUAGAGAUAAAUAUAUCAAUUGGCCUUGCCAUCAUUGGGACCAUCUGUGUUUCUGUGAACUGGUGGGAGAACUACAGCAUGCUUUUUGCUGUACCAUUUCUAGAGGACAUUUCCAGAGACAUCGCUCAGUCCCGUAACGUGGUCUGCAUCAUCUCCAGUUUGAUGAGAAUCCUGGUUACAUCAGCUGUGGUUGGAGCUUAUGUUCCUCUGUCAGGUCGAGAAUGGAAAUCGGUCAAACUCGUCUUCGAAACAGUUGUUGUUUCAUUGGUGGCGAUCCAGAUUGCAUCCUCUGCCUUGUGCCGCUGGUUUGGGGUUGUGGCUUGUAAGAUGCACGCCCUGCGCCGCAGCUUCGUCCUGCCCAUGUACCUGGCCUCGAUCACAGUUUUGGCCGUGUUUUUUGUUCCAACUGCAGUCAGGCUCCCAAAGUCUAAUCAAACUUCUACCUUUUUUGAGACCUUUCAGCCAAACUCCAGUGACGAAUGGUUGCAUUUGAUGUUGACUGAUGCUGUAAGAACUCUGAACACCAGAGACAUUAUGGUACACAAGAAGACAGGAGGACUGGCCUGUUUGGGCUGCUCUGCUCUGAGCUGGUGGCUGGGACUCAUGCUCAGUACAGUUUACAUCUGGUACCUGAAGAUCCAUCGAAUAGAAAGAACCCAAGAUCUGUUUGUGCGACGCAUGUAUGAAGGAGCAUUUCUGGAACAGUCCAUGUUGUUAAACACCCGUUUUGAAAUCAGAAAGAGAAUCAAGGAGAAGAAGUGUGCAAAAGAAACCAUCAGAGUGUUUCUGUGUGCAACGAUGUGGCAUGAGACCUACGAUGAAAUGAUGAAGAUAAUCAUCUCUAUGUUCAGGCUUGAUAAAUACAGGCCUAAGACUGACAAACAAAGUGAUGUCGAGUUUGAAUUCCAUAUUUAUUUUGAUGAUGCUUUCAAGGAUGUUAAUAAUGGAAAGCAUGCAAAUGAAUAUGCUGAAAUUAUUGUGGAUGUAAUUAAAGAAGUUUACACCAUUUUCAGUGAAGAGGAGCCAUGUAUUUUCAAGCAGAAGGCAGCACUACCACACCAGAAGAUCAUAAACACCCCUUAUGGGGGUCGACUGGAAUACACUCUCCCUAAAGGCAAUUUGAUGAUGGUUCACCUCAAAGACAAGACACUUAUCCGUCACAAAAAAAGAUGGUCAGAUAAGAUAAUGUACUUGUAUUACAUUCUUGGCUGGAGACUUAACAGACAGUACUUUGAAGAAUUUGAGGCAGGUAAAGAGCUGGAUUCCCUUAAGGAGAGACUGAAGAAAGACAGGGAGAACACAUACAUCUUGGCCCUGGAUGGGGACACUGAUUUCCAGCCAUCUGCAGUCAUGCUGUUAAUCGACAGACUUAAUCUCUACGCAGAAGUUGGGGCUGCCUGUGGCAGGAUUCAUCCAACAGGCACAGGGCCCAUGGUGUGGUAUCAGAAGUUUGAAUAUGCGGUAGGCCACUGGCUGCAAAAGACUGCAGAGCACGUGUUCGGCUGUGUACUGUGCAGCCCUGGAUGUUUCAGUCUUUUCAGAGGAGCUGCACUCAUGGACGACAACAUCAUGAAGAGAUACACAACCAAAUCCAGUGAAGCCAGCCACUACGUCCAGUAUGAUCAAGGUGAGGACCGCUGGUUGUGCACUCUGCUGCUGCAGCAGGGCUUGAGGGUGGAGUAGAACGCAGCAUCUGAUGCCUACACCAACGCUCCACAGGAUUUUAAGGAGUUCUACAACCAGCGCAGACGCUGGGGACCCUCUACCAUGGCCAACACCAUCGACCUCUUGGGCUCAGGAGGACUGACCUCUCAGAGGAACAGCUCUAUCUCAAAACUUUACAUCUUGUACCAGAUUAUCAGCAUGGCAGCUUCCAUCCUGGGCCCUGCCACUAUCUGUCUCAUGAUAUCAGGAAGCUUUGUGUUCAUCUUGAAUAUGGAUGAAAAUAUAGCCCUAGGUUUGGCCAUAGUGCCCCCUACUGUCUACCUCAUCCUGUGCUUCAAACUGAAAUCUGACACACAGAUUAAAAUUGCAGCAAUCAUGAGUGUAUUCUAUGCAUUUCUCAUGGCGGGAACGAUUCUCUCAAUCAUAGGUGAUUUAGUGAAGCAAAAUACUUUUCUGACCCCCAGUGGUCUGUUCCUCAUCAGCAUGGUGGUUUUGUACAUCUUCACGGCAGCUUUACACCCUCAGGAGUUCUCAUUGGUCAUCUAUGGAUUGUUAUACUUCCUUUGCAUUCCCAGUGGGUAUCUACUCCUAGCUAUUUACUCCAUAGUCAACAUGAACAAUGUCACGUGGGGCACUCGUGAAACUGGCAGCCAGGCUAAAACUACGGCAGUCGAUACCAUCAAGAAGAAGGUCAUGAACGCCACAUGCUGCAAAUGUCCAUGUGUGGAAUCUGAAGAUCUGAGUGAGAAGAUAUUACCAGCAGAAACCAUAACACAAAUGCUUGGUGAAACCAACUUCUGGAUAGAACUGCAGAAGAAAUAUCUGGAACCUCUUAAAGAGAAUAAAGAACAACAGGAAAAAGUUGCUGAUGAUCUGAGAGAACUUCGAAAUAAGGUUACAUUUGCCUUUUUCUUCUGCAAUGCACUUUGGCUGGUGGCAACUUUCUUCCUUCAGGCGAUUGGUGACUUUGUCUCUAUAAAGAUCCCAAAAGUCUAUCCCAAUGGGACUUAUGACCCAACAGAAGUGUUUUCCAUAGAUCCAAUCGCACUGAUGUUUCUACUGACCUUUGCAUCAUUACUGUUAGUGCAGUUUGCUGCAAUGCUUUACCACAGAAUCUACACAUUAAUCCAUUUUGUGGCAUAUGCUGACACAGAAAUUAAAUCUUAUAGAAAGCAGUCACAUCGGUCACAUCAGAUCCUGGACUCAAACCACCAGCCUGAGACGUAUGGGCCAGACACAGCCUUAUGUUUUCAGAACCCCUCUGGGGUUAUAACUUAA